GGACGGAUCGGAGGGUCCCGGCCGGCGGGGCCAACCGAGAGGGAGAGGAGGGGGCGAGACACAGGAAGGAGGCCAACCAUCGAAUUUUAAAGAAAAAGCCCUUUGACUUUUCCCCCCUCUCCCUCCUCAAUGGCUGUGUAGCAAACAUCCCCAACGAUACCUGGGAAGGGACGAAGUUGGUCUGCAAUCGCAAUUUCGAGGGCUGAGUUCACGGUUGAGUGCGGGGCUCGGAGAUGGAGCGGUGGUCCUCUAGGUGGAAAACGAAACGGUGGCUCUGGAAUUUCACCAUAACAACUCUCGCACUGACUUUCCUCUUCCAGGCUAGUGAGGUCAGAGGAGCUGCUCCAGUCGAUGUACUAAAAGCUCUAGAUUUUCACAAUUCUCCAGAGGGAAUAUCAAAAACAACGGGCUUUUGCACAAACAGAAAGAAUUCAAAAGGUUCGGAUACUGCUUACAGAGUUUCAAAGCAAGCACAACUCAGUGCUCCAACAAAACAAUUAUUUUCAGGAGGAACUUUUCCAGAAGAUUUUUCAAUACUAUUUACAAUAAAACCCAAAAAAGGAAUUCAGUCUUUCCUUUUAUCUAUAUAUAACGAGCAUGGUAUUCAGCAAGUCGGUGUUGAGGUUGGGAGAUCACCUGUUUUCCUGUUUGAAGACCACACUGGAAAACCUGCCCCUGAAGACUAUCCCCUCUUCAGAACCGUUAACAUCGCUGACGGGAAGUGGCAUCGGGUUGCAAUUAGCGUGGAGAAGAAGACUGUGACAAUGAUUGUUGAUUGUAAGAAGAAAACCACAAAACCACUUGAUAGAAGUGAGAGAGCAAUCGUUGACACCAAUGGAAUCACGGUUUUUGGAACCAGGAUUUUGGAUGAAGAAGUUUUUGAGGGGGACAUCCAGCAGCUGUUGAUCAUAGGUGACCCUAAAGCAGCAUAUGACUACUGUGAGCAUUACAGUCCAGACUGUGACUCUUCAGUACCCCAGGCCGCUCAGGCUCAGGAACCUCAGGUUGAUGAGUAUGCACCUGAGGAUAUUCUGGAAUAUGACUAUGAGUAUGGGGAAGCAGAGUAUAAAGAGGCUGAAUUUGUAACAGAGACACCCACUGUAGCUGAGGAGACAAUAGCACAAACUGAGGCAAAUAUUGUUGAUGAUUUUCAAGAAUACAACUAUGGAACAGAGGAAAGUUACCAGACAGAAGCUCCUAGGCAUGUAUCUGGAACAAAUGAGCCAAAUCCAGUUGAAGAAGUAUUUACUGAAGAAUAUCUAACUGGAGAGGAUUAUGAUUCCCAGAGGAAAAAUUCCGAGGAUACACUAUAUGAAAACAAAGGAAUAGACGGCAGGGACUCUGACCUUCUGGUAGAUGGAGAUUUAGGCGAAUAUGAUUUUUAUGAAUAUAAAGAAUAUGAAGAUAAACCAACAAGCCCCACUAAUGAAGAAUUUGGUCCAGGUGUUCCAGCAGAAACAGAUAUCACAGAAACAAGCAUAAAUGGCCACGGUGCAUAUGGAGAAAAAGGACAGAAAGGAGAACCAGCAGUAGUUGAACCUGGUAUGCUUAUUGAAGGACCACCAGGGCCUGCAGGACCUGCGGGUCUUAUGGGUCCCCCAGGUCUACAAGGCCCCACUGGACCCCCUGGUGACCCUGGAGAGAGGGGCCCCCCAGGGCGUCCUGGCUUACCAGGGGCUGAUGGUCUACCUGGUCCUCCUGGGACCAUGUUAAUGUUACCGUUUCGUUAUGGUGGCGAUGGUUCCAAAGGACCAACCAUCUCUGCUCAGGAAGCUCAGGCACAGGCGAUUCUUCAGCAGGCUCGGAUUGCUCUGAGAGGUCCACCUGGCCCAAUGGGUCUAACUGGAAGACCGGGUCCUGUGGGGGGGCCUGGUUCAUCUGGUGCCAAAGGUGAGAGUGGUGAUCCAGGUCCUCAGGGCCCUCGUGGUGUUCAAGGUCCACCUGGUCCAACGGGAAAACCUGGAAAAAGGGGUCGUCCCGGUGCUGAUGGAGGAAGAGGCAUGCCCGGAGAACCUGGGGCGAAGGGUGAUCGAGGAUUUGAUGGACUUCCGGGUCUGCCAGGUGACAAAGGUCACAGGGGUGAACGGGGUCCUCAAGGUCCUCCUGGUCCCCCUGGAGAAGAUGGAAUGAGGGGAGAAGAUGGAGAAAUCGGACCAAGGGGUCUUCCAGGUGAAGCUGGUCCUCGAGGUUUGCUGGGACCAAGGGGGACUCCAGGACCUACAGGGCAGCCUGGUAUUGCAGGUGUAGACGGCCCCCCAGGACCAAAAGGAAACAUGGGUCCCCAAGGGGAGCCUGGACCUCCAGGUCAGCAAGGGAAUCCAGGACCUCAGGGUCUUCCUGGUCCACAAGGUCCAAUUGGUCCUCCUGGUGAAAAAGGACCACAAGGAAAACCAGGACUUGCAGGACUUCCUGGUGCUGAUGGGCCUCCUGGUCAUCCUGGAAAAGAAGGCCAGUCUGGAGAAAAAGGUGCUCUGGGUCCUCCUGGUCCACAGGGUCCUAUUGGUUACCCUGGUCCCCGAGGAGUAAAGGGAGCAGAUGGUGUCAGAGGCCUCAAGGGCUCUAAAGGUGAAAAGGGUGAAGAUGGUUUUCCAGGAUUCAAAGGUGACAUGGGUCUUAAAGGUGACAGAGGAGAAGUUGGUCAAGUAGGUCCAAGAGGAGAAGAUGGCCCUGAAGGACCCAAGGGUCGAGCAGGUCCAACUGGAGACCCCGGUCCUUCUGGGCAAGCAGGAGAGAAGGGGAAACUUGGUGUUCCAGGAUUACCAGGAUAUCCAGGAAGACAAGGUCCAAAGGGUUCCACUGGAUUUCCUGGGUUUCCAGGUGCCAAUGGAGAGAAAGGUGCACGGGGUGUAGCUGGCAAACCAGGACCUCGGGGUCAACGUGGCCCAACGGGUCCUCGAGGUUCAAGAGGUGCGAGAGGUCCCACGGGGAAACCUGGUCCAAAGGGUACUUCAGGUGGUGAUGGCCCUCCUGGCCCUCCUGGUGAAAGAGGCCCUCAAGGACCUCAGGGUCCAGUUGGAUUCCCUGGACCUAAAGGUCCUCCUGGACCACCUGGGAAGGAUGGCCUGCCAGGACACCCUGGACAACGUGGAGAGACUGGAUUUCAAGGCAAGACUGGCCCUCCAGGACCAGGGGGUGUCGUUGGACCACAGGGACCAACGGGUGAGACUGGUCCAAUCGGUGAACGAGGACAUCCUGGCCCUCCCGGCCCUCCUGGUGAGCAAGGUCUUCCUGGUGCUGCAGGAAAAGAAGGUGCAAAGGGUGACCCUGGUCCUCAAGGUAUCUCAGGGAAAGACGGACCAGCAGGACUGCGUGGUUUCCCAGGUGAAAGAGGUCUUCCUGGAGCUCAGGGUGCACCUGGACUGAAAGGAGGGGAAGGUCCCCAGGGCCCACCAGGGCCAGUUGGCUCACCAGGAGAACGCGGAUCAGCGGGUACAGCUGGCCCAAUUGGAUUGCCAGGGCGUCCAGGACCCCAGGGUCCUCCUGGUCCAGCUGGAGAGAAAGGUGCUCCUGGAGAAAAAGGUCCCCAAGGCCCUGCAGGGAGAGAUGGAGUCCAAGGCCCUGUGGGUCUCCCAGGGCCUGCUGGGCCUGCAGGCUCGCCUGGAGAAGAUGGAGACAAGGGUGAAAUUGGUGAACCAGGACAGAAAGGCAGCAAGGGUGACAAAGGAGAAAACGGUCCUCCUGGACCUCCAGGUCUUCAAGGUCCUGUUGGUGCCCCUGGAAUUGCUGGGGGUGAUGGUGAGCCAGGUCCCCGAGGUCAGCAGGGGAUGUUUGGACAAAAGGGUGAUGAGGGUGCAAGAGGUUUCCCAGGACCUCCUGGUCCCAUAGGUCUUCAGGGUCUGCCGGGCCCACCUGGUGAAAAAGGUGAAAAUGGGGAUGUUGGUCCCAUGGGUCCACCUGGUCCUCCAGGCCCAAGAGGCCCUCAAGGUCCCAAUGGAGCUGAUGGACCACAAGGACCCCCAGGAUCCAUUGGUUCAGUCGGUGGUGUUGGAGAAAAGGGUGAGCCUGGAGAAGCAGGGAACCCAGGACCCCCUGGGGAAGCAGGCACAGGCGGCCCCAAAGGAGAAAGAGGAGAGAAAGGAGAAGCUGGUGCACCUGGUGCUGCUGGACCUCCUGGUGCUAAGGGACCACCAGGUGACGAUGGCCCUAAGGGUAACCCGGGUCCUGUUGGUUUUCCCGGAGAUCCUGGUCCUCCUGGAGAACCUGGCCCUGCAGGUCAAGAUGGUGUUGGUGGUGACAAGGGUGAAGACGGAGAUCCUGGUCAACCGGGUCCACCUGGCCCAUCUGGUGAGGCUGGCCCACCAGGUCCUCCUGGAAAAAGAGGCCCUCCUGGAGCAGCAGGUGCAGAGGGAAGACAAGGAGAAAAAGGUGCCAAGGGAGAAGCAGGUGCUGAAGGCCCACCUGGAAAAACUGGCCCAGUUGGUCCUCAGGGACCUGCUGGAAAGCCUGGUCCAGAGGGUCUUCGGGGCAUCCCUGGCCCUGUGGGAGAGCAAGGUCUCCCUGGAGCUGCAGGUCAAGAUGGGCCUCCUGGUCCUAUGGGACCUCCUGGCUUACCUGGUCUCAAAGGUGACCCCGGUUCCAAGGGUGAGAAGGGACAUCCUGGUUUAAUUGGCCUGAUUGGUCCUCCAGGAGAACAAGGUGAAAAGGGUGACAGAGGACUCCCUGGAACUCAAGGAUCUCCAGGAGCAAAGGGGGAUGGAGGGAUUCCAGGUCCUGCUGGUCCCAUAGGUCCCCCUGGUCCUCCAGGCUUACCGGGUCCUCAAGGUCCAAAGGGUACCAAAGGCUCUACCGGACCUGCUGGCCAGAAGGGCGACAGUGGUCUUCCAGGGCCUCCUGGGCCCCCGGGUCCACCUGGAGAAGUCAUUCAGCCUUUACCAAUCUUGUCACCCAAAAAAACAAGAAGACAUGCCGAAAACAUGCAAGCAGAUGCAGGUGAUAAUAUUCUUGACUACUCAGAUGGAAUGGAGGAAAUAUUUGGUUCCCUCAACUCCCUGAAACAAGACAUCGAACAUAUGAAGUUUCCCAUGGGUACGCAGACUAACCCAGCUCGAACGUGCAAAGACCUGCAACUCAGCCAUCCUGACUUCCCAGAUGGUGAAUACUGGAUUGAUCCCAACCAAGGUUGCUCAGGAGAUUCCUUCAAAGUUUACUGUAAUUUCACGUCUGGUGGCGAGACUUGCAUUUAUCCAGACAAAAAAUCUGAGGGAGUAAGAAUAUCAUCGUGGCCAAAGGAGAAACCAGGAAGCUGGUUUAGUGAAUUUAAGAGAGGAAAACUGCUUUCCUAUUUAGAUGUUGAAGGAAAUUCCAUUAAUAUGGUGCAAAUGACAUUCCUGAAACUGCUGACUGCCUCUGCUCGGCAAAAUUUCACCUACACCUGUCAUCAGUCAGCAGCCUGGUAUGAUGUGUCAUCAGGAAGUUAUGACAAAGCACUACGGUUCUUGGGAUCCAAUGAUGAGGAGAUGUCCUAUGACAACAACCCUUUCAUCAAAGCACUAUAUGAUGGCUGUGCGUCCAGAAAAGGCUAUGAAAAAACUGUGAUUGAAAUCAAUACACCGAAAAUUGAUCAAGUACCUAUCGUUGAUGUAAUGAUCAAUGACUUUGGUGAUCAGAAUCAGAAAUUUGGAUUUGAAGUUGGUCCUGUUUGUUUUCUUGGCUAAGAUUAGGACAAAGAACAUCUGAAAUCAACAGAAAAAAUAUCUUGGUGCCACCAAGCCAUUUUACGCCACAUGCAAGUUUUGAAUAAGGAUGGUAUAGAAAACAACUUGCUGAGUAUAUACGUACGAUUAGAAAUCCCGAUGCCCUUGUGGGGGCAGAAUCACACGACAAAAGCUUCGAAAAUCAUAAAAUAUAAGAUAGUGUGGCUGAGAUGGAAACAGGCCUUAUUCUUGAUUCCCAAUUUUCAUCUCUCCCUUUCCUAUUUGGAUUUCUUUGGUGCUGUAGGAAAAAAAAAAA